GGCGGCCCCGUGUGAUGCGGAGCGCGGCAGUGGCGGCGGCGGCGUCGCGGCCCUUCCCGGCGGAGCGGCGCGGACCGGGGAUCCCGGGGGCUCCGGUGGGUGCCGCCGGGAAUGUCCGCCCCGGCUCAGCCCGCCGCUCCCGGCUCCUUCCAGAGCCCCCGGAGGCUCCCGAAGCGCAAGAGCCGCUUCAAGCGCUCGGACGGCAGCACCUCGUCCGACACCACCUCCAGCAUCCUCCGCAGGCAGGGCUCGGCGGACUCCUACACCAGCCGCCCGUCCCUGGACUCCGACGUGUCCCUGGAGGAGGACCGGGAGGGUGCCCGACGCGAGGUGGAGAGCCAGGCCCAGCAGCAGCUCGAGAGGGCCAAGCACAAGCCGGUCGCCUUUGCCGUGCGCACCAAUGUCAGCUACUGCGGGGCGCUGGACGAGGAGUGCCCGGUGCAGGGAGCCGCCAUCAACUUCGAAGCCAAAGAUUUCCUGCACAUCAAGGAGAAAUACAGCAAUGAUUGGUGGAUUGGGCGCCUAGUGAAGGAGGGGGGGGACAUCGCCUUCAUCCCCAGCCCCCAGCGCCUGGAAGCCAUGAGGCUCAAACAGGAGCAGAAAGCCAGGAGAGCUGGCAACAUCUCGGGCCUUGGCGACAGCGGGAACCGGCGAUCGCCUCCCCCCUCCUUAGCCAAGCAGAAGCAGAAGCAGACACAGCACAUCCCCCCCUACGAUGUGGUCCCCUCCAUGCGUCCUGUGGUGCUGGUGGGGCCCUCGCUGAAAGGAUAUGAGGUCACCGACAUGAUGCAGAAAGCCCUCUUCGACUUCCUCAAGCACAGAUUCGACGGCAGGAUCUCCAUCACCCACAUCACUGCUGACCUCUCGCUGGCCAAGCGCUCCAUCCUCAACAACCUGGGCAAGCAGGCGAUCCUGGAGCGCUCCACCACCCGCUCCAGCAUCGCCGAGGUGCAGAGCGAGAUCGAACGAAUCUUCGAGCUGGCCAAGUCCCUGCAGCUGGUGGUGCUGGACGCCGACACCAUCAACCACCCUGCGCAGCUGGCCAAGACCUCCCUGGCACCCAUCAUUGUCUACGUCAAGGUGUCCUCACCCAAGGUCCUCCAGAGACUCAUCAAGUCCCGCGGCAAGUCCCAGGUGAAGCAUCUCAACGUGCAGAUGAUGGCAGCUGACAAGUUGGUGCAGUGCCCCCCGGAGCUCUUCGAUGUCAUCCUGGACGAGAACCAGCUGGAGGAUGCCUGCGAACACCUGGCCGAGUACCUGGAGGUUUACUGGCGAGCCACACACCACCCCCCGCACGCCCCCCACGCCGUGCCCUCCCCCACCGGCCUCCCAGGCUUGCAGAGCCAGCAGCUGCUGGGGGAGCGCGGGGAGCACUCGCCGCUGGAGCACGACAGCCUGAUGCCCUCGGACGAGGCUGGGGAGACCUCCCCCCAGCCCUGGGGGGGGGCCACGUCCCAGCGGAGCUCCCGGCACAUGGAAGAGGAAGAGGAGGAGUACGGGGACCCCUACCCCGACAUCUACCAGCCCCACCGGCACCACAACAGCGGCCUGCAGGGGUCCAGCGCCCCCGAGCGCCAGCCUGAGCGCAACCACGACCGCAGCUGGCAGCGCAGCCGGCCCUGGGCCAAGGACAGCUACUAGGCGGGGGGGGGAAAGUGGGGAAGGGAAGGGGCAGGGGGCACGGCUGGGAACCGGCCCCCCCAGUCCUGCCCUGGGAGCUCCUCUCCUCCCCCCAGCCCCGCGCUGGGGGUGCUCAGACAAUCUCCUGCUCUCGGGGAAACUCCUCCAGGCAGCUUCCUCAGGCCCGCGCCCCGGGCACCUCUUCAGCCAUAAGCACAGUGUGGGGGCAGGGGGGAGAGGGGGAGGCGGACAGGAUGCCCUGGGACACCCCUCCCCUCCCACAGGCUCCUGGGGACCAGGGGACAGCCACCUGCCUUCUCCCUGCCUCAGUUUCCCUGCUUGGCAUCACCUCUUGCCCCCCACCCCCAGCAUCCCAGGCUGCCUCAUUCCCUGCGGGACAGUGGCCACAAGCAGAAGGUGCCCUCCCCCCCCCCACCACACACCUAAAAAGACCUCUGGGCUGCAGCAGGGGGAGGGGCACAGUUUUACAGCCCCCCACCCCCCAGAGGCUUGAGGAAGAAGGGGGAGGUGCCUGCCCCCACCCCUGCAUGGACCCCCCGGGAGGAGGGGGCCGCACCAGACGCUUCGCUCCACACCGACCUCUCCCUGCCUUGGUCACUGCAAACCCCUUCCUGCCCCACCCCCCCAACCCGAGGGGGGUACUGGGGACAAAGUGGGGGGGCUGGCUGGAUCCUGCAUGGGGCAGGGGGGGCCGCCCCACCCCUCCAUCCGCUGCCUUGUGUCCCCAUCACUCCCCCUGCCCCCCGUAGCUGUCACCGCACGUCGUCACCGGUCCUGUAAAUAGGCUCCCACUGCCCCGGGCUGGGGGCUGCUCGGGCAGAGGGGCCGAGCCCCCCCCCUCCCCCCGCCCCCUGCCCACCGUGGCCCUUCAGUGGGGGGCGGGGGGGGCACAGAUUUGUUACAAUUUCUUUUGUAGAAAGCACCAAUUUCCCUGUAAGUGGUUUCAGAAACACACAGAGU